AAUUACAUUUUUAUUGCCUUGUGAAACAUUUUGUAUCGAGUAGUUAGGUUUGACAGGCCUUGUGUGGAUCUUUGAUGUACCAACAAGUAUGCAUUAUCGUAAGAAGUUACUGUAUGCCAUUUUUAGCAUGCGCUUUUAUCCAAAGUGACUUGCAGUCAUGCAUACAUACAUUUUUGGUAUGGGUGGCCCCMGCGGGAAUUGAACCCACAAACUUGUGUUGCAACCACCAUGUCCUACCAACUGAGUCGCACAGGACAAUGUAAUUAGUGAAAUGUCUCUCAGUCAUUAUACAGGAAAGGGUAGCUACAUGUUUGAACAAUAACUCUAGUGCUAGUAACUGAAAUUGGAUCAAGGCUGACUGGUUGAUACUGGUGCACCAAAGUACACUACUUAGAGUCAAUAUGUACGCCAAGUUGCUAUAAUAUACUGUGAGCUUCAAGAGAAGCGUUGCAACUUUAUUCACAGGAACCAGGACCUAAUUUCUGGGAACAGGGAAACCAAAACAUCCAACAGGAUGAGAAACCAUUACCCUGAAGCACCCACCCAUCUAGAUCAGUGCCACAGCCCAGCCCUGAUUUCCCUUCCACCUCAAUACAUCCAUGACCACACUCCGAGGCUGAGAGGAGAGGUUGGCAAGGUCCAGACGUACAGGCAGAGUACAGUACAUGACCCCUGCUGAGACCUUGACUCGAUUCACAGGGCCAGAAGAAUGUUGAAGAGUAAAACGUGGCAGUUUACAGCCAUAUUAAUGCUUAUAUCUGUUUGGAGUGAGUGCAUCAAGUCACAAGAAUUUACAGUGGAUCCUCCUGAGAACGUUGGGAUUGAUGACCCUGGCCACCUCGGGCCACUCUACAUCCACUGGACGGCUCCAGCCAGCCUGACCAACUUGACUGCCUGCUCCAUGAGAUACCAUCUGGAGUACUUCAACACMUAUCAGAGCAGAUGGACUGUGAUCAGGACUGUACGGACAUGGUACCGUGCUCAGUUUGACCUGGAGAAGGAGGUCAGGGUGCGGAUCUCCACCUUACUGAAGGGAGCCUGCACCAACGGUACUGAGCUGAAGAGCCCCUUCACAGAGAUGGUCCUGCCACCCAAUAACACAGGCCCAGUUGGCUCCAGGGUCCAGGGGUUUGGCUGUGUGUUUUAUCAGAAGGAGUUCAUGGAGUGCACCUGGGAGACGGGCUUGGAGGAGCCAGCCCACUCCCAGUACAGCCUGUACUUUUGGCAUCGGGAGAUGGAGCAAGCUGAGGAGUGUCCUCAGUACAUCCACUCCAAUGGGGUCAGGACUGGCUGCAAAUUCACAGAGGAAUCGCUCUCAGAAUUCAGUGAUUUCAACAUGUGCAUAAACAGCUCCUCUCCCAAGGUGGUCUUGAGGUCGGCGUUCUUCUCCCUGCAAAUUCAGAAUUAUGUGAAACCUGCAGCCAUUGAGACAGUGCAUCUGGAAGCUAGUCCAGACAGGAGGCUCMAGGUGCAGUGGGACUUGCCCAACGAGAGGAUUCCCAGGCACUGCCUUGAGUAUGAAGUGGAAGCCAGAGAGGAGGGCGUAGGCGGGCAGCCKUUGUUGCAGAGGAACGUAACCAAUGAGAUGAUGCUGACUUCCCUCUCAAUGGAUGGUGCCCAGAGGAAGUGCUUCCGGGUCAGGUCUAGGAUGCACCACUACUGUGCUGACAGAGGCUUCUGGAGUGACUGGAGCCGUUGGUCCUGUCACUCAGAUACAGAGUCAGAUGCUGUAGUGGGCUGUGCCGUGGUCAUCGGGAUCAUCAUCUCUMUGUUGAUCCUGUCUCUGUUUGGGUGGGCACUAUGGAGAAAGUGGAAAGCCAGAGAUGGGGAAAUGAUGCCUUUCGGUCCCCUGCACAAACUGAUGGAAUAUUCCAAWGGAGUCUCUGCUCGCAGUCAUUUCAAUAAAACAAGAGAGAACCAGUAGUAUAGCCUUUGCAAGCAUUUCCUUUGGGCAGACAAAUGAUAAAGAGAUACGAGUUAGACAGGUGUUCACACUUAUUUGAAACACCCAUGCAAACAUGCUCAAACACACGCAAGCACACACCCAUGCACAGACACAAAAYGAGGAUGAGACAGUAAAGCAGUGUGUAAUUUCAUAUUCAAGACAGAAUUGUAUUGACUUGUAUGCUGAUAUUCAUCUCUUAUGUAUCGGUAUGUUACUCAGUAGAAUAUGAAGUGUUCUUACCAAACCAUUUACGUAAUGUAGAACUCCAGGUUUUACGUUACACAGUAUAGACUUAAAAAAUGCCAUAGCUCUUUCCAGUUUGUUUACUUUCCACAUGWCUUUCAUUUAUAUCACAAAGUAUACUUAUUGGAGUCGGUUUUUGUAGUUUUAGUUUGAUGCCAUURCAUCCAGUCGAAUGUAUCUUUUAAGUGCUUUGCAUAGAAUUCCCCGACCUGUUAAAAUGUAAUGCAUUGAAUGGUGUUGAACUAAUGUUAUGUUAUGUUUAACACAAUUUUGCUUCUCUAUAGCUAUAAAGAUGUGUUUGGUAUUUUUUUUACAGUAUUGUAUUUGAUGUAUGUUAUUUGGCACCAUCAUGUGGCCGGUCAGGAUGACUGUCCUCCAAGUGUAUAUUGUUGCUCUUGCAAUGAAAUGUUGCUGAACUGUCUUAUGGAUGUAUUUAUAUCACGAGCAUGGAGAAAUGAAAAGCAAUGGAAGUUG